CGCCAGCCGAUUGGCUCACCGAGCAGCGAAUGAGCUCCGUCGGCGAUCGCUUUGGUCGCGGUUGUGGCUGCGCGUGACGCGACUCGCUCUCCGGCGCGGCGUAUCCCUCCGCGCCCGGUGGGGUUACCGCGCGUGCGCAGUCGAAUCCGCGCUCCACGUGGUCAGGACGGGAUCAGCUGAGAGUCAUGGCAGCUCAGGCGUUCAAGCGAUUCCUGCCCAUGUUUGACCGGGUCCUGGUGGAGCGCUUGGCCGCGGAGACCAAGACCAAGGGCGGCAUCAUGAUCCCGGAUAAGGCGCAGAACAAGGUGGUGCAGGCCACCGUGGUGGCGGUGGGGCCCGGCGCCACGACGGAAAAGGGGCACGUGAAGCCCUUGAGCGUGAAGGUCGGGGAGAAGGUCCUGCUGCCCGAGUACGGCGGCACCAAGGUCACGCUGGAAGACAAGGAAUACUUCUUGUUCCGAGACGGUGACAUUCUUGGAAAGUACGAGGAGUAGGCGGGCGUGUGGCAGGCGGGGGUGGCGGGGCUGGGGAACAAAGCGAGAGCUGAAGAACGAGGGUGUCGUGCAGCCCACACGCCUCGUUUAUUCCGCGCGAAAACUUGUCUCACGAUUCCGUCUGCGUGAUGACAGAGGGGGAGGUUAGAGGGGGGUGUAUGGAAUGGGAGGGGGUGUAUGGAAUGGGGGCGGUGAGGGAGGGUGUGUGGCAGUGUCGCUGGGUCCUCAUGACCUUGAGUGCCGCGUGCUGCUCUGGAACGUUCCGCACGCCGGGGACCAGGAGGGGGCGCCAGCAGCGCGCUGCCUGCGCUGCUUUUCCAGAAAAUAAUAAAACGUGAAAAAAAUGCAACCUUUGCCUGAGCAUGUAGUGUUUUAUUUACUCUUGUGGUCUUGUUCAAUUAACACGUGGUCAUCGGUUCAUAGCCAUGCGAGAUGUUACACGAGGAUGCAUUACGUCAAGAUAAUUACUGUGAUUUCAGACCACGUACAAUGUCCGGAAACCCCAACGAGUUGUGGAAUUUCCACUGCUGGCUCAGGGCUGUAAUAGGAGACAAGUUCGAGGCCCGGCACUCGUUUGAGCCAGGGGACGACUACGAGGGGGGCUCUGCUUUUGCCCAGACAAUGCAGCCUUUGUGUGAUCGGUGCCUCACUCCUGAAUCGGAUUAGUGGCAAGUGGUGGCACUUAUUUAAUUGUAAUACAUCUUGCAUUGGGUGCAACCCAAGCCACACAUCUCUGGAAUCAAUAUGGGUCGUGCUAAGUAUGGCAUUUUAUCAUUUGCCCGUCGUGUUCUCGCCACUUUAGUUGAGCCCCCCUCCCCCCACACCUCCGAUUAGCACCGUUGGCUACAUGCGGUGCAAAAGAAGUUGAACCAAUACUGUACACGAGACUGAGCAGCGCAUUCCCCUGUGCUCUGGGGCUCCGCAGCAGCGGUGCGGGUCACAGCGUGCACACUGCAGGAGAUGACGACGGGUGACAACUGGAAGAGUGAAGGGUUUGUGAUGGCUGGAUCUCCCCUUCAAGUGGCAAUUUGUGAAGACUCGGUGUCUACUGAAUAUCACGUUUUACCAUUUGGCCAAACACCUGUACAUCUAAAGUCAUUGUAAUGUCUUGUUCAAUAAACUGGUGUCUUGUCUCAA